GAAAAGAAAAAAGGAAAGAAAGAUAAAGCCUACUAAUUCCUUCCCGUCAUCGAGUGAAAUUUUUGAAUCUCAAGAGCCAAAAACUCCGUAGAAAAUUUCAGAAACAGAUCUAAACAAUUUUUGAUUUCCCAACCCCUCUCGAUCGGAACUAUCGCCGCCACCACCGCCUCGCAAAUAAUCAACACCAUCACAAUUCCGGCGGCCGCGAUCGACUAGAUACAGAGCGGCGCAACUAUCUGCGAUGCCCUUCUCGCCGGUUCCGACACGCACAUUAUAAUCGUCCUUUGUAUCCACCUCAGGGGGUGAAGGUCUAACUUGAAGUUUGAAAAGUCAGAAAAAAAGUGCAAAAGAAUGAGUGAAAUUGUGGAGGGAACUGAUCGUCCUUCUACAUCUUCAAUAACAUCCUUGGAAUCAAUAAAGACCAGUGGUAAUGCUGGUUUUGAUGCCAGUCGAAUUGCAGAAGUGAAAGCAUGGCUCAUUUCCCAAUUUGACGCAGCUGGGAAAGACCUACCCGAUUUCGAGUACACCCCACGGAGCAUUGCUCAUUUACACAAGAUUGUCGCUCUCUCCCAAGCCAAAACCCAGGCUGCCACCAUAGUCGCAAAUGACUUUCGUCAAAAAGCCACAGAGUAUCGCUCCCAAGCUGCAAGGAUAAGAGAGAUAUUGGAGCAUGUGGGGUUGGUGCAAGAUAGUUUACCAUCAAAUGUGGUCUCAUCUGCACAAGUUCUUGCCAAUGCGGCAAAUCUGUUGAAUAUUAGAGAUACUGAGCUAAGCAGUUUUCUUGUAGCAAUGGCGGAUUUGUCUCUGAGAAAAACUGCAGUAGAAGAGAAGAGGGCUAAAGUGCAAAAGGAGUCCAAAGAACUUCUCGAUUAUACUCGAAAGGCAAUAGCAAGACUGACCUAUUUGAAACGAACACUGGCACAAUUGGAAGAUGAUGUACCUCCUUGUGAAGCUCAAAUGGAGCACUGGAAAACCAACUUGGCCAUCAUGGAUUCAAAAGAAAGACAAUAUCUGCAACAGUACUCUAAUUAUAAGGCCAUGCUCUAUCGCGUGGGAUACAGCCCUGAGAUAAGUCACGGAGUUUUGGUAGAAAUGGCAGAGCAUAGGAAGGAUCUGGAAAAGAAAACAAAACCGAUUCUCGACACCCUUAGAAGCUACCAAGAUUUGCCUCCUGACAAAGCUUUGGCUGCAUUGGCAAUUGAGGACAAGAAAAGGCAGUAUGCUGCUGCUGAGAAGUACCUUGAAGUUGUUUUGCAAUCUGCUCUUGAUUCGAACAAUUGAUCUAGUGACACCCUCCGGUCUUCUGCUCUUCAUUUUCUUGUUUAAAUAUUGUGUUAAGUAUUCCAAAACUGGUAAUAUACUGUUGAUUGGACUCUAUUGAGGUAGUAAUGGUGAUAAUCACCAGAGAAGAAACAACCUUUGGGUCUUUUGUUUGAUGGCUAUUAUUUAGAAAAAAUAAUUUUUUGAGUAGCGAUUUUU